AUGUGGCCACAGACUGUGCCAUUUCCCUCUCCCGUUGCCCGCCCGGGACAUGCCCCCGGCCCGCUCCUGGCCACGGCCCCGGCGCCGGCCCCGGCCCCGGCCGCGGCCCCGGGCGUCCUGUCCCGCUCUCGCCUUAGCCCGGCUCCGGCCGAGCUGGCGCUGGCGCUUCUGAGCGGGCCUCAGUGCCUGGGGCUGGGGCGCGCUGACCGCCGCGUCUCUUCCCCAGGGAAGGCGCAGGAGGCCCUGCAGCAGCGCUACAGGAUCGGCUCGCUGCUGGGGCGCGGCGGAUUCGGCAGGGUUUUCUCGGCCACUCGGCUCUCGGAUGGCGCCCCGGUGGCCAUCAAAAAGGUGCCACGGAACCGCAUCCGGGACUGGGGCGAGCUGCCCGACGGCACCAGCGCACCAUUGGAGAUAGUGCUGCUGGACAAGGUGUCCACAGGCUUCUCCGGUGUGGUGCAACUGCUGGAAUGGUUUGAGCUCCCCAAGCACAUCGUAAUGGUGCUGGAGCGCCCAGAGCGAUGUGAGGACCUGCGGCGCUACAUUCGGGCACGGAUAUUCCUGUCCGAGGAAGAGGCGCGGGAGCUUUUCCGGCAGGUUCUGGAGGCCGUGCGGCACUGCACCAGCUGCGGGGUCCUGCACAGAGACAUCAAACCAGAGAACAUCCUGGUAGACCUGGACACCGGCGAGGCAAAAUUGAUUGACUUUGGCUGUGGCACCUACCUGCAGGACACAGCCUACACACAAUUUGCAGGAACACGAUCAUACAGACCCCCGGAAUGGACCAACUUCGGAUGGUACCAUGGCGAGGCAGCAACCAUCUGGACCCUGGGCAUCCUGCUGCAUGAGAUGGUCUGCGGGAAGCACCCUUUCAGGAGGGGCUGGAACAUCAGCUGGGGCCAUCUCCUGCUGCCACAACAGCUCUCCCAAGCUUUCGAGCCCUAG